AUGGACGUCCUCGCAAAUGCUACGAGCUUUGCUUCUCCUCUCGCCGAUGCAGAUCUGACGCUUCAGGCGGCCCAUGCCUCUGGUGUCUUGGGCAGAGUAUGGGCGCAGCUCAAUCCUUGGACUGUUGUCUUGACAAUUAUCCUAUUAUUGGCUACCUACGAUCAAUGUAGCUACCAAUGGCGCAAACAUGGCAUCGUCGGCCCUGCGUGGAAAAUGCCCUUCAUCGGCCCCUUUCUUGAAUCGAUGCGACCGGACUUUAGGAAGUACAAAGAGAAAUGGGAAAGUGCAGAGCUGAGCUGCGUGUCGGUUUUCCACAAAUUCGUUGUCAUUGCGGGAACCCGUGAUAUGGCACGAAAGGUUUUCAAUUCGCCAGGCUUCGUCAAACCCACCGUCGUCGAUGUCGCGCCCAAACUCCUUCGCCCCACAAACUGGGUCUUUUUGGAUGGAAAGGCCCACGUCGAGUACCGCAAGGGCUUGAACGGACUGUUCACGCGUCAAGCGUUGGAGAUGUAUUUGCCCGGUCAAGAGGAGGUCUACAGCAAGUAUUUCAAGACUUUCCUGGAGAUGUCCAAGGAAAACAACAUGAAAGCCACGCCCUGGAUGCCCGUGUUCCGCGAACUCAUGUGCGCCGUAUCGUGCAGAACCUUUGUUGGACACUACAUGAGCGAGAAAGUGGUCAAGAAGAUUGCCCAUGACUACUAUCUGAUCACCGCUGCGUUGGAACUCGUCAAUUUCCCCAUCAUCAUCCCCUACACCAAGACCUGGUACGGAAAGAAGGCUGCAGACAUGGUCCUGGUCGAAUUUGCAAAGUGUGCAGCCAAAUCCAAAGUGCGAAUGGCUGCCGGCGGUACCAUUACAUGCAUUCUGGACGCAUGGGUCAAGCAGAUACAGGAUUCAGCCAAAUAUCGAGAACGCAUCGAACGAGGCGAGAAGGUGGACGAUUCCGAGAAACCACCCCAGUUACUUCGCGAAUUUACGGACUUUGAAAUAUCACAAACCGUCUUUACCUUCCUCUUUGCGUCGCAAGACGCCACCUCGAGCGCUUGCACUUGGCUGUUCCAGAUUAUGGCUGAUCGACCAGAGAUCCUGGACAAGGUCCGAGAGGAAAACCUCCGUCUUCGUGGUGGCGACCGCAACAAGCCCUUUGACAUGGAUAUGCUGGAGUCGAUGGUCUGGACGAGAGCGGUGGUCAAGGAGACGUUGCGGUAUCGUCCUCCAGUCAUUUUGGUGCCCUAUGUCGCCAAAAAGGAUUUCCCCGUAACUGAAGGCUAUACUCUCAAGAAAGGUUCCAUGAUUAUUCCGUCAAUCUGGCCUGCCACCCACGAUCCUGAAGCAUACCCCAACCCAGACAGCUUCGAACCUGAGAGAUGGAUCACUGGAGAUGCCGACAAGCAGGUCAAGAAUUGGCUGGUCUUUGGCACGGGGCCUCAUUACUGUUUGGGGCAGACUUACGCUCAGCUGAACUUGAUGGCGAUGAUUGGAAAGGCUAGCAUCUUGCUGGACUGGGAGCAUGAGCCCACUCCCAUCAGUGAGGAUAUUGAGGUCUUUGCUACCAUUUUCCCUCAGGAUCAUUGCAAGCUGGUCUUUUCUGAGCGACCAUAA